AUGAAUGAAGAAGACGACAUAUUAUACCUAUGUUUCUCUCAUACUUCUCAGUUGAUUAACUACCACAGUAUCAUUGGAUACUCUAUAACUCUCCGGUCUCAAGAAACUUUCUCUCUUGCGCAUAUCUAUCUCAGGUGGGAAGUGAGUGACAAAAUCAAUAAAAGUGGAAAUGUAUUCAAGAAACGAAAUCGGAAACACAAUCAUUCAUUACUGAAAAUGGGGCACUUAUUCAGAUCAGUUCAUUCUUACCAUCGAUUCUCACUGUCAUCCGCACUUAGGACUCGAAUUAUGAAAAUGUCUGAGUAUGUUGAUUUUAUUGUAUCUUCCCUUAUCAAAAUCGUCUGCAAUCAUAUCCAGGUUCAGGUUGGUAAUUUGACAAAAAAAAAUAAACAAGGGCAACAUCAUCUCUGAAGGAGCGAAAAAUAUGUUUUAUUCAUUUGUGAUUUCAAAUGUAUGGAUAUGUUAUAAUCCAAAAAUAUUAGAUAAAAAAAUCAAUUAUAGUCAUGUAUUAAUACAAGUUUUUUUAUGUGAUUUUAACCAUUUAUAAAUAUAGCAUUAUCAUA